UGAAGCUUAUCUUCAGUUCUGAAUUACUAAACGUCUCACUGGUAGUUGAAAGAAGCCCAGCCCUAGUCUCGGGAGAUAGCCCCCACACGACCCCCCGGAGAGACGGGAUAAUUAGAGCUUCGCUGCUAGACAGUCGUGCUGUGUUUUAAGCCAUUUAUCUCAGAGCGGCUGUUGAAUCCCUCUCAUUAAAGUGCGUGUGAGAUGGUGAGAGUUGUUUACCCAAUAGAGAAGACUGCUUUCAACACAGAAUAAACUGGACACACAACCAAAAAAAAACAGGCUGAAUUUUUCUUUUUUGGAGUUCAGUUUCAUAAAUUUGGUUCCUUUUUGCUUUUGUAAUGGCACUCUCAGGCGUGUUGCUUUUUGCUUUAUUCGAAGUUCUCAGCGGCCAAGUGAACGCGCAGACGUCCUUCGACGACUGCUGUAGAAAUGGACGAGAUUGGGCCACCCAGAAACAGGAUUGCUCGACCCUGCCAUUGAUGUCAGAACUCCCCACGUGCAGAAUAGCACAGGAGCAAUGCUGCAUGGCUUUCCUAGAAGAUAAUCAUUGCACAACUGGCAUCAACAUGGCGAAAGAGCAGGGGGUCUGUGAUUUAGUCUUAGCAAGUGGAUCCAGCUGUGAAAGAAGACUUUCCAAGAUGUGCUGUGACUGCUGCCUGUUGGGCCGAGCUUUGCAUAAACAGGGCCUGAGCUGUGAGCAGAACCUGUCUUUGGGAUACCACUGCGGUCUCGUGUCACGAGCCUGCUGCGAUCAUAGCAAUUCAGAGGCCGACGCAAAGCCAAGUCAAGAAGACAAAGCCCUGCCUGCAUCCGAAGUGGAAGAUCCUUAUCUGGAUGACCAGUGUAGAGGAGCAGGCCAGUGUUCCCAGCGUUGCCACGGCAAUGGAACUUGUUCCUGUUUCGAAGGCUAUAAGUUAAAAUCAGAUGGCCAGACUUGCGAAGAUAUAAACGAGUGUAUCCUGGGGUCCCAUUCCUGUCGGGCUGGAGAGCGGUGUAUCAACACUCAGGGAUCCUACAGGUGUCAAAGAGAGAUCAGCUGUGGAACUGGCUAUGAACUGACUGAUAGCAACCUGUGCAAAGACAUUGACGAGUGCGAGCUUGGGACUCACAACUGUCCCGCGGAGUUCCAGUGCCAAAACACAAACGGGUCAUUCCGCUGUCUGCCGCGAGAGCAGUGCAGAGUGGGCUUCAUCCAGGAUGCUCUGGGGAACUGCAUCGAUAUCAACGAGUGCUUGAGUCACAACGGACCCUGCCUCCCUGGUCAGACCUGUAUCAACAAUGUGGGCUCGUACACCUGCCAGAGGAAUUUCAUCAGCUGUGGCAGAGGGUAUCAUCUGAACGAAGAGGGAACGCGGUGUGUGGAUGUGGAUGAAUGCAGAGGCCCAGAGUCUGCCUGUGAAGGCCACAUCUGCAUCAACCUGAUGGGCUCAUUCCGCUGUGAGUGCAGGAUGGGAUACUACUUCAACAGCAUCAGCAAGACCUGUGAAGAUGUUAAUGAGUGCAGACACUACCCAGGGCGUCUCUGUGCUCACAAGUGUGAGAACACUCCUGGUUCCUAUAAGUGCAGCUGUACCAGUGGCUUCAGACUUGGCAGCGAUGGUAGAAACUGUGAAGAUGUAAACGAGUGUGAGAGCAACCCCUGUAGCCAGGAAUGUGCUAAUGUGUAUGGAUCGUACCAGUGCUACUGCCGCCGUGGUUACCAGCUGAGCGACGUGGAUGGAAUAACUUGUGAAGAUAUUGACGAGUGCGCUCUGCCUACCGGUGGUCACAUCUGCUCCUAUCGCUGCCACAACGUCCCUGGCAGUUUCCAGUGCACCUGCCCCACCCACGGAUACACGCUGUCUCCUAAUGGCCGCACUUGUCAAGAUGUCGAUGAGUGUGUAACGGGCAUGCACAAUUGCUCUGGCUCGGAGAUCUGCUUCAACAUCCAGGGGGAUUACCGAUGUCUGGCAUUUGACUGUCCAAAAAACUAUCACAGAUCUGGGGAAUCUCGUUGCGAGCGCUUGCCUUGCAAUCAGAAUAGCGAGUGCCUGGCCCAGCCCUUGAGAAUAACCUACUAUCACCUCACUUUCCCUACCAAUAUCCCCGUGCCCACCAAUGUCUUCCGCAUGGGCCCUUCUAACUCCGUGCCAGGCGAUGACAUCCUCAUCACCAUCGUAGACGGCAAUGACGAGGGCUACUUCAGCGCGCAGGAGCUCAGCAAUGGUGGGACUGUUGCUGUGCAGAGGCCCAUAUCCCAGCCUCAGGACUUCCUACUCACAGUGGAGAUGAAGCUCUUCCGCUAUGGCACUGUUAGCACGUUUCUAGCUAAAAUCCAUGUCUUUGUUACAGCUGAGCAGCCGGUGUAUACCGACGCGUCUCAGUUUUAAAACGCAGUGUGCGGCGUUUUCUUCUUCUUGAUCAUCUUUAUUACCAGUAGGCCUUUGAGAACUACAAAUGUGAUGAGUCCAAUUCGCAAGUAAGUGUGACAGAUCUUUGGCAGCAGUUAACAAACACGGAGGCAGCAGCACCUCACAGGCGUUUUAUGAGAACUCCCACAAGAGUUGAGAAUGUCACUGGCUGCAGUUUGUGCAACCCAUUUCAAAAUUGGAGUGGUCAUAAAAUCCGAUUCUGCUUUUGCCCGACGCUACGUUGUAAAAAAAAAAAGUCAAAGCAGAUUUAAAAAAAAAAUCUCUCUGGACAUCCAUCAUCUGAUGCAACCAAGUCAGAGGCUGAGCUCAUUUUGGCAAUGUCUCAUCUCAAGAGCAUGAGAAAUAACCAAAUCAUCCAGGGAGGUUCCUAGACACAUGGAACCAGAGUCUAUGCAAAGAGUUCUGGGCUUCCAGGCAGAUUUUAAGAACUUACACCGAAUACAAUGAAGAAACAGGCAACAUUGUAGGAUUUAAUCUCAAGACCUAAAUGUCCCGUUAGCCGAUUCUGAUCUUAUGAAGCCAAAAAGUAGCGAAUCGCAGUAAAUUCAACACAUUUAUAUAUUGAUAUAACAUGUAUACAUCAUUUUACUUUGUACUUGAUUUAUAUUGUUUAUUAAAUUUUACUGUGUGUUCAAUCGCAUUACAUCUUGCAAGACCUAUUGUAUUGACUGAUGUAUUAUAAGAGUGCCAGCGGGUUACACAUAAAAGUAUGUGUAAUUGCAUUGUGCUGAGGGGGCACAAGGGGGCAGUGUAGGGCAGUGAAAGGUUCUGCCAUGACUGUUUUCUUGGCUUCUCAUGUGGACUGUUCUAGAAUUGCUCUUCUCGGUGUUCAUCAUUCUGUAAGGUUCCAUUUUGCUUACAUUGUUAUCAGAGACUGUAAUAUAAUUACAGUAUCCAUACCUAUGCAAAAUAUUUUUUCCAUGGAACACAUUGGAACACAUUCCACUGAGCACAUUGGCAUGAUAUUGUAUUAUUCAGUGAAAACGAACUGAUCACAAUAUGCCCUCUGAAAUCCUGAGAACUAACUUGAAUAGAAACAAAGAUCUGCUCGCUACGUCCGUUCCCGAGCUGAGCAUUAUGUGUUUGUGGAAAGUUCUCUCCUGCCUGUAACAUCUUUUGUAAUACACCCCAUCUUACAUUUAAAACUUAAUUAUAGUUCACAUUUUACAAACAUUUUCUUGUAAAUGGGUAAAAUAUCAAAUAAAAACCUCCAAUGAUU